GCGGGUCUGCGUCAGCGUUGGGUAAAUAGAUGACUGUCCUAUAGCGCCGGGCGGGGCUAUUUAAGAGGCAGCCACCCGCCCGUUUACCCUGAACUUGGCUCGGCUGUCGCAGCUCCGCUGGAAACGCUAAACCAGCUGCUUUCUAAUCCAGAGCCAUGAACCGUGGCGUUUGCCUGUGCGUGCUGAUGGCGGUACUCGCUGCGGGGGCCCUGACGCAGCCGGUACCCCCAGCUGGUGCCGCAGGCUCCGGGGUGCAGAGGGCAGAAGAGGCGGCCCGAAGGCAGCUGAGGGCUGUGCAGAGGACAGACGGGGAGCCGAGAGCGCACCUGGGCGCACUGCUGGCCCGAUACAUCCAGCAGGCUCGGAAAGCUCCCUCUGGCCGCAUGUCCAUCAUUAAGAACCUGCAGAACCUGGACCCCAGCCACAGGAUAAGUGACCGGGACUACAUGGGCUGGAUGGAUUUUGGCCGGCGCAGUGCUGAGGAAUAUGAAUAUCCUUCUUAGAAGACCAGCCUCCAUCCACCUGACUCAGAGGAGGCAGAAUAAGAAAACAAUCAUGCUCAUAACUCAUUGUCUCUGAAGUUUGACAUUUUAAGUAUCUUAUUUAUUAAGUUCUCAAUGUGAAAAAUCCUUCUAUUAAGAUUGUCCUGUGAAACCACACACCUCAGCAGAAUUGUGCAAUUGAAGAAUAUGAUGUUUCCUAACUUUGUGACUUUUGGUCCUAACAUGUUGCUAUGCUAUUAAAGUGAUUUCAUUCUGA